GCUCAUGUGUGAAAGUACAGCACGCGCUCUGCUCCAUCCUUUCUGUCAUAUUCCUUUUUUUUUUUUUUGUCUGUUAAUGAUGCAACCGGAGCUUCACCUGCUACAUUUUUGUGUUUUUGCUAUAAGAGGAUAUACAAAGUGUUAAUUUUAAUGAAUACUACUAAAGGAAGCUUGGGAAGCAAUUUGUGUUCGUAAAAACUGGUGGAAAAAGCAAGAUGGCCCUGGGAUUUGUUUUGCCAAGGCCAUUCCGCUGGGGUCUUCUCCUGUUUUGUGUGGUGAGCUUGUGCAGCCGGCAAGGGUCCGCUGGCAACCAAAGCUCUAGAGGCGAGACGGGGUCAUCGAUGGAGAGGACAGGGACUUGCGAAGUGGUUGCAGCUCAUCGUUGCUGCAACAAGAACAAGAUUGAAGAACGCUCUCAGACGGUCAAGUGCUCCUGUUUCCAAGGGCAUGUAGCUGGGACAACAAGGGCAAUGCCCUCUUGCGUUGAAGCCUCCAUCGUGCGUCAGAAGUGGUGGUGUCAGAUGAAGCCGUGCGUGGAAGGGGAAGAGUGCCGAGUGCUUCCUGACCUGACUGGCUGGUCGUGCAUCUCUGGGAACAAAGUGAAGACCACCAAGGUGGCACGGUAGCAAGUCAGCUGCUUCGUCCAAUCCGAACAAAGCCAUCGAACUCAAGUAACUCUGGACCCUCAGGACUGUUGGUGCCACAAAGAAUACACUGAAGAUUUAAUUUGAUAGAUUAAAUGGCAGGAACCUGAUUUAAUGAGGGUUAUCCCAUUGUGGACAGUCUAUUAGUAAAGAUAUAAAAAAUUUGUUCGAUUCCCUCAGUUGUGCAUACACUGAGCACAUGUGCAUUCAUUCCAAGGUGGCAGGGCCUGCUGUCAGACACUACAAAGAAGACUGAGGAUUCAGUUCUACAAAGAGGUCAGAUCCCUUUGGACUGGGAAGAUGCGCACGUACACACACAGGCUGCGUUCGGACUGUGGAUCGGAUGGGCCACCAGAAAAGCACACAGACGUUCCCGCGAUGCAAAGCAAGGACUGUUUGAAAUGCUAAUCAUGCCGGGAAAAGCGACGAGAAGCUUCGUCACUAUUGAGUGUAUUUACAUCACCCUUUUGUUUCUUUCACCAAACGCAGCGCUCUUGCGGAGGGGAUGCAGCUUAUUGUAAAGGCGGCGAACAUUGAAAGUUUUCUGUCUCGCAGCAAAGUGUAUUCAUUAACAAAAUUUUUGUGUUAUUACCAUUUUAUCUUCUUGAUGAAUAAUAUUAUCAUGGCCUUUGUUGUAUUUUUGGAGUUUAGCCACUGUGUUUGCAUUUUCCAUUUUCAAUGAGGAAAUAAUGAUACACACAAAUCCAAAUACACUAGCUGCAUACGUUUGACUCCAAGACAUCAGAUAGUGAACGUCAAUGUGCUGAAUUUCCUAAAUGACACAAUUUG